UAUGAAUUGGAAAAGGGUAAUGUAGUCGUGACGUGCAAAAUGAACAGUGAUAGCGAAAAUGAGAAUAAUAAAAAAGUAAUGAUUGUUAGUAAAAGAGGCAUUGAUAGAACAUAUCAGGCAAAUGACAAGAAAAAUAAAUUUACCCAA